CGGGGAGCGCAGCGCGGGCAGCGGCCGGGCCGGGGCGGGCAGCGGCGGCUCGGCCAUGGUGGGGCGGCUCAGCCUUCGGGAGGUGCCCGACCUCCCGGACAUGAGGAAACGGGGCGAUUCUGGCCUCGACAGCCCCGACUCGGGCUUGCCCCCCAGCCCCGGCCCGGCCCCGCCGCCCUGGCUGCUCCCCUCGGGCAGCCCCGACCGCGCCGCCGCCAACGGGAGCGCGGAGCCCGAGUCCUCCGCGCCCUCCGCCGCCAGUUCUGUGUUCUCCCCCAGUCCCGUUCUCUCCAGCUGCCCUCCAAGAUUGUGUCCUUUAUCCUUUGGAGAAGGAGUUGAGUUUGACCCUUUACCAGCCAAGGAAAUAAGGUACACGUCCUCGGUGCGCUACGGCUCGGAGCAGCGUUUCAUCGCCGCCGUGUUCCUGCCGCUGGGGCUGAGCGUGGCCUCGUGCAGCCAGACCAUCGUGUGCGUGCCCGACUGCUCCUGGCGCAGCUACAAGAGCGAGGUGCGCUUCGAGCCGCGCCACAAGCCGCGGCGCUUCAGCAGCACCACCAUCAUCUACCCCAAGCACGCCAAGACUGUCUGCACCACCACGCUGGACUACAACUGCCGCAAAACCGCGCGCAGGUUCCUGGCCAGCGUGGAGCUGGAGAGCUCCGAGUGCCUCAGUGACAGCUGCUGACACUGCUCCCACACCCAUCCAUCCAUCCUUCCAUCCUUCCAUCCAUCCAUCCAUCCAUCCUGGGCGGCUCUGCUGGCUCCACCACGUCCUCUCUCUCAGCUCUUAGCUCUGCUUCACGGUUUGGGGUUUUUUUUUUGGGUGGUUUAGUGAGGGGUGUCGCUGCUUUGGCUGCUGGAGUUGUGGGUUCUCUCUUCUUCCCGCAGUAAUCAGGUGAAAAUAUCAGGAGGUGUUUAUUGCUGGUGGGUAAGGAGGGUGUGGGGGUCGGUGUGAUGUGCAGAAUGUAAAAGCAGCUCGCUGUGCUGCAGGGAAUCCAGCAGGGUGGUCACACUCAGGGCUGUCAAACAUUUCAGUUCAGAUCGUGUUUUCUCCCCUGGAAAUUGCUGGGAAGGGCUAGCAGAGAAAAACCCAGAACUGUGCAUUUAACACAUCCCAAAUGUUAACACACCCCUUGUGUGAAGGUGUAGAUUGGGAGAGCAGAGCAGGGGACAAACUGCUUGUGCAGCUGCAGGCAACAGAGACAGGGCUGUGUGAUUGCAGCUCCUUGGCUGGGUUCUGUGUGACACUCAAGUGUUUCUGUGCCUGCAGCAGCGCUGGGAACAGAGAAUACCAGCCCAGAAAUCAUCCCUGUGUUGUUGGAUCUUGGUGAUGUGGAAAACCACAAGUGCCUUGUUUAUACCCACACUGUGUGCACUGAAGGAGCUGCAACCAAAGCAAAGUUCACACCAAGUGCUGGGGCCCAGGAUGGCAGAGGAGGUGCUGGAUGGGCUGUGAGCCCCUGAUGAGGUGGGAUGGGGAGGGGGAAACAGGAGCAGGGCACAGGCAGGUCUGCAGUGCACAGCAAAAUCCACAGUUCUGCUUGUUGUGUGCACAAAUCCUUGGGAUUGGGGAUGUCCCUGGGAUGGGGCAGCCUCUGCCUGUCUGCAGGCUGCUGAAAAAACCUCUCCUGAGGGCGUGGUGAGUUUGGGGACCAAAGGGAAUAGCUUCAGAUACCGUGGGAGUUCUGUCUGGGUGUUAGUGCGUUCGUUUAUCGUGUGCCUUGAUGAAAAUAAGACAGAGAGGUUUCCUUCUUUUCCCAGAUUUUUUUUUUCCCCCUGUGUUGACAGAGCAUUAUGUGGAGAGCAUCUGCUUUGGGGAGCGUGGGUUGUGCUGGUUUUUGUGUGGUGUAGUCUCAGAAACACCUGGUAGAUAGACCUGGCUUAGCUGGGCACGGCUUUUCCGUGUGUUCCCAAACUCCUCCGAGGUGUGGGUGUGCACCAGCAGUCCUGGAGCAGCUGGGAAGGAGGAUUUGGCAGUGCACAGCCCCAGGGGUGAGUUCUGUCAGGGGCAGCCUGUUCCUGGGCCGUGCUUUUCGUGUGUUUGUGCAAGUGUGAUGGAUGGAGUGGAAGUGGAUCCCGGGGUGCUGAGAGGAGCUGGGAGAUGGAGAGUGCAGCAGGAGGGAAACCUUGAGUUUGUGUGGUUUGGGGGGGUUUAUUGCUGUUAGGGGGUUUUUACUUAUUUAUUAGCUCAGAAAAGCACACCCUUCAGCUUUGGGACUUGCAGCUCGUAAAGCAGCCCCAGGAUGAGAGAGGACACGGGGGGCUCUGGAGCCAGGCGUCACCCUGGGACGUUUGGGCUGCAAGAAUGGGGAGAUGUGUCUCGAACAGAUGAUGCAAUUCUGCCCCAGCUGUGCCCCAGGAUGUCCUUGUGGUGUAACAGCAGGCCCAGCUCACCCCACAGCCCCUGGGGUUCCUCAGUUUCCCCUGCAGGAUGGGGUUGCUCCAUCCCUCACUGCUGGAUCCCAGGAGAUCCUGGGUGCUCCCAGCAGAUGAAUCCACUUGGAACACAUCUAAGAGAAAAUUGUUUGAAGUUGUAACCAUUACUCCUUCCUAGUUAGAAGCAGAAUAACCCACACAGUGCCCCUCACACUCUGGUUUUAGGAUAAAGCACCUGAUUUUUAUAAAGCAAGCAAACUUAAUGUGUACCUCUUAAGAAUAUUUUAAUUGGUAGAGAUACCUUUUAAAUUAUUUAUGUUCCAACAUUUGCAAAGCUCUGAUUAACUCUGUGCAAGUGUUCUGGUGUCUGUGAUGUUUCCCACCCCCUCCUUCUGAUUUUCAAUUUGUCUUUUACUUUAUUGGUAAUAAAUGAUCUGAAAACC